AUGACAUCUUCUGAUAAAAACGAAUUAACUGGCACGAUAGGCAAUGAUGAUUUUACCUCAAGAGAAUUUAGUUCUUGUCAUUGGCAUUUACAAGCACCCCAAGGAAAAUUAAUAGAAUUGGAAGUAGUCAGGCUAGGCUCUCAAACAAGUUGCCACGAAGCCUGUUUUUAUGGAAAUGUUGAGUUUAAAUUGCGUGCUGAUUUUACGAGGACAGGGAUAAGGUAA